AUGAAAUCUUCCUCAGAAGAAAGUCGUAUUUUACCUGCUUCCAGUGAAACAUCAUUGAUCUUCUCGCUUAAAUCAACUCUUCCUCAAAGUAUAAGAACUGAAGUGACAAAUGAAGAUGUGAAUAAUGCCAGAAGAUUUGAAUUUUUUGAGAAGUAUGAAGGUAUUCAGGAUAAAAAAAGAGCAAAGGCUGCAGAUCUUAAACAACUACUAAAGCACAUCAUUAUUGCCUGUGUAGCUGUUUCUGGCUUGAUCUUAGCAGUGAUAGUCCUUGUGCACAUAUACAAUUCAUUGGUAGCGAAGAAGCAGAAACCAAUUAUAGCAAAUGCUGACACUGACAAGAAGGAAGAAUCUGACAAGAAGAAUGAAUUUGUCAAAAAUAAGGAAUCAGACAAACAUGAAGAAUUAGAAAAAAUUGAGGAAUCAGAAGCAAACAAUAUGAUACCACUGGAGCCAAAAACAUCAGUCUACGAUGCUAUUGACAUAGAAAAUCACAACAACAAUAACUGCUCACCACCAGGAAUUUUUCUUUCAACAGAUGGUGAAGAUGUUACAAAGCCUUUAGAGAUUCAGUCUGUUUCUUCCCCUAGCUACCCAGCAAAACAAACAGAAUUAAUGCCCUAUGUUGAAUCAUUAGAGGAAUCACCUAAUUAUAGUACACAUAAGAAGUUAAAAGUACAAUCUAAACCUUUCAAAUUGAAUAGGACUUCCUAUAAUAGUCUAGAACAAUAUAACACAUCCAGGAAUCAGGACUAUGAAAGAUAUCAAGAGAAAGAUAGUACUUCUCACAGAAAAAAAACAGACCAUUAUUUAUCCUCCAGUAGUAGUCCAAAAUACACACAACCCAAAAGAGCACACACCGCUCAGUUAUCUAAGCAUCAAUAUUAUACCAGUUUAAAUGGGGUUCAUGAUCCUUCAUCAGAUAAUUUCAUUACUCCAAAUAUAAACCAAAAUUUUAAUGAAUCAAAAAUGUCCCAGUUUGAUGGCACAGAAUGUAAGUGUUUUCAGGAUCACAAAUAUGAUUGUGGUACAGAUUCAUACUCUGACUAGAAAAGCAAGUGAAUAGUAAAGAGUUAUUUAUUCUAUUUAACCAAUGCUCCAAAGCAUUUAGUCCAAAUAUUUUUACCAAGAGUAAUCAUGAUGAAACACUAUAGUAUGCCAAUGAAUCAUACUGCAAUCAUGCUUAGGAAUAAUAAAAGUAGUUUUAUACUUUUGAGUUGUAGCAGUUGCUAAUCUAGCUUGGAUUUGCCAAAUUUAAGCACGUUAAUUUAAUUAUAAUAUUUGCUCAAAUUCUUUAUCUGGCACUUUUCAAAUUAGGAAAGUAGGCCUAACUAGUGUAAUGCACUCUGCAAUGACAAAUAACUUUUUGUGACAUGUAAAACUGCACACAUAUUGAACAUUUUGGAUAAAUUGAAACACACUUGAAACAACAAGAUGAAUAUUGACACAUCUGAUACAUGUGAGCUGAAAAAGAAUUUGAAAUACAGGGAAAAUACAGAGAUUUGGAGGGUUUGCUAUUUUCUAUUUUAAAA